UCAUAUCCUGAAAAGAGGGGAAAACCUUAUAUUUCAAAUUUCAGAUGCAUCACACAUAAACUGUGCAACUUUCACACCAACUCUUCCUUCAUCCAAUCUUCCACCGGAGCCACCAUCGCCGCCGCCGCCGCCGCCGCCGUUGGACCACCGGUGCCACACCUCUCACUGAUUCAUCUCCUCCAGUCAAUUUUCAGACAUAGCAGCUGAUUUGUUUGACAAGAUACAAUGUCUCUUCUCAGUAGAUUCUUUUACAGAAGACCGCCAGAUGGCUUGCUUGAGCUUGUCGAUAGAAUUUAUGUUUUCGAUUCUUGCUUCUCAACUGAAGUUCUACCCGAGGGACUGUACCAACUUUAUUUACAUGAAAUCAGUAACGAAUUACACGAAGAAUUUCCAGAGUCAUCUUUCCUCGCGUUUAAUUUCCGAGAAGGUGAAAAACGGAGCCAAUUCUCAGAAACAUUAUGCGAAUACGACAUCACCGUCAUGGACUAUCCAAAACAAUACGAGGGUUGCCCCUUAUUACCGUUAUCUAUAGUCCAUCAUUUUCUCCACGUAUGCGAGAGUUGGCUUACGCUUAACAAUAAUCAAAAUGUCAUUCUGCUUCAUUGCGAGAGAGGGGGCUGGCCCAUUUUAGCAUUUCUUUUAGCCAGCAUAUUGAUUUACAAAAAGCUGCAUACCGGAGAACGUAAGACUCUUGAAAUCGUUUAUCGUGAAGCUCCGAAAGGUUUAUCUCAAUUGUUAUCGCCGUUAAACCCAUACCCGUCACAGAUUCGGUACCUGCAAUACAUAUCAAGAAGAAAUUUAUCCGAAGAGUGGCCCCCACCUGAACGAGCGUUGUCUUUGGAUUGUCUCAUUCUUCGUGCUAUUCCAAAUUUCGAUAAUAAAAACGGGUGCAGACCGUUUAUUCGAAUAUACGGCCGAAAUCUUUUAAGUAAAGACGGACUUUUGACCCAAAUGAUAUAUUCAACUCCGAGGAGAGGUAGAAAUCUUCGACAUUACCGCCAGAAGCAUAGUGACGUUAUUAAGAUCGAUGUUCAGUGUAUGGUGGAAGGUGAUGUUGUUCUAGAGUGUCUACAUCUAGAUGUUGAUUCCGAAAGAGAAGUUAUGAUGUUUCGUAUAAUGUUUAAUACCGCCUUUAUCAGAUCCAAUAUUUUGAUUCUCAAUUGUGACAACUUGGACACUCUUUGGGACUCAAAGGCUCGGUUCCCAAAAGGUUUUCGAGCUGAGGUUCUUUUUGGGGACGUUGAGAAUGUUGCAACACCAAAAGCUCCAACAACGAUGUUGAACGGAGAAGAAAAAGGUGGAUUGCCGAUUGAAGCGUUUAACAAAGUUCAAGAACUUUUUAACGGGAUUGAAUGGGGUGACGGUGGUGAUGAUACUGCUUUAUGGUUAGUCAAACAGCUGUCGCAUUUAAAUGAUGCGAAAGAAUUGUCGAUGUUGAGGAAUAAGUUGGGUACAUAUUCAUCACCUUUUGACUCUGAGGACGAAAAUAAUGCGUCUAGUGUUGCUGAUAGUUUAGACUUUUUGGAAUCUGAAAGGAGUAGUGAUGUACAUACUGCAUCGGUGGUUAACUUUUAUGAUGAAUCGUUGGAGCAUAAAACAUCAGACAUAGUUGAUUCAAGUGUUUCAUCGUCUGGAAGUGGUGAUUUGUUACCAAAUGGCAGUUCAGCAUCGCCAAAUAAAGUUUCGGUUGAAGAUGUUUCAACAGCUCCUGAUUCCGAUUCUUCUAGAGAUGCUCCUCAAGCAACAACUUCUCCUCCAGCUCCUCCUACAAAAAGUGCACCAGCGCCACCACCGCCACCACCACCACCAUCAGGACCACUGGAUUCGACGUUUAAUUUUUCCAAAAGUUCACCACCCCCUCCACCACCUCCGCCUCCACCUUUUUCUUCUAUAGGUCCACCACCACCACCACCACCGCCUCCACCGUUUUCAUCUAAAGGCCCUCCACCACCACCACCACCACCUCCGCCUCUACCACCACCACCUGUAUCUUCUAAAGGCCCUGCACCACCACCACCACCACCUCCACCUCCACCUGUUUCUUCUAGAGGCCCUCCACCACCACCACCUCCGCCUCCACCACCGCCACCUGUUUCUUGUAAAGGCCCUCCACCACCACCACCACCACCUCCGCCUCCACCUGUUUCUUCUAGAGGCCCUCCACCACCACCACCCCCUCCGCCUGUUUCUUCUAAAGGCCCUCCACCACCACCACCACCUCCACCUCCGGGCCGCAAUGGUCUAGGUGCAGCACCCCCACCCCCACCCCCACCUCCACCUCCGGGCCGCAACGGUCCAGGUGCAGCACCCCCACCGCCACCACCUCCACCUCCGGGCCGCAACGGUCCAGGUGCACCACCCCCACCUCCACCACCUCCAGGCCGCAACGGUCCAGGUGCACCACCCCCGCCUCCACCACCUCCAGGCCGCAACGGUCCAGGUGCACCACCCCCGCCUCCACCACCUCCAGGCCGCAACGGUCCAGGUGCACCACCCCCGCCUCCACCACCUCCAGGCCGCAACGGUCCAGGUGCACCACCUCCGCCUCCACCACCUCCAGGCCGCAACGGUCCAGGUGCACCACCCCCACCUCCACCUCCAGGUCGCAACGGUCCUGGUGCGCCACCUCCGCCUCCACCGCCAGGUCAACCUGGUGUACCGGGUCCGCCUCCGCCUCCAGGUCACAGUGGUGGACCAGCUCCACCUCCACCGCCUGGACCAAAGGGCUCUAAUGGGGUGCAGCAACCUACCCCAGCCAGUGGACGACUACGUGCUUCUGGGACUCUAUCUAGUGGAAAAGGUAGAGUUGGUGCAGGAUCUUCAAUUCCGCCUAAAAAGACGUCUUUGAAGCCCUUGCAUUGGGUCAAAGUUACCAGAGCAAUGCAAGGGAGUUUGUGGGCUGAUAACCAAAAACAAGAAGACCAGUCAAAGGCUCCUGAAAUCGAUAUAUCAGAGCUUGAGAGUCUAUUUUCAGCAGCUUCUGUUUCUGACAAUGCCAACAAAGGUGGAGCUAGAAGAGGUGCAAAAAUUAAUAAACCUGAAAAAGUUCAAUUGGUUGAUUUGCGUAGAGCAUAUAAUUGCGAAAUCAUGCUUACGAAGAUAAAGAUUCCUCUGCCAGAUAUGCUCAACGCCAUUCUUGCAUUGGAUGCUUCCGCCUUAGACAUCGAUCAAGUUGAGAAUCUUAUCAAAUUUUGUCCCACAAAAGAAGAAAUGGAGACACUAAAGAACUAUACAGGAAACAAGGAAAUGCUGGGGAAGUGUGAACUGUUUUUCAUGGAGCUAAUGAAGGUCCCACGGGUGGAGUCAAAACUUCGAGUUUUUGCAUUCACAAUUACCUUUACCAGUCAGGUCAGCGAUUUAAGACGAAAUCUUAGUGCAAUCAAUGAUGCUACUAAAGAGGUCAAGGAAUCUGCAAAGUUGCGUCAAAUAAUGCAGACGAUUCUUACACUCGGAAAUGCAUUAAACCAGGGGACUGCUCGAGGAUCUGCCAUUGGAUUUAAGUUGGACAGCCUUCUUAAAUUGUCGGAUACACGUGCAAGGAACAACAAGAUGACUCUAAUGCAUUAUUUAUGCAAGCUUCUUGCUGAGAAGAUGCCAGAGUUGCUAGAUUUCGACAAGGAUCUGGUUCAUUUAGAAGCCGCCUCAAAGAUACAAUUGAAGACACUUGCUGAAGAAAUGCAAGCAGUGAGCAAAGGUCUUGAAAAGGUUGAGCAGGAACUCACAGCUUCCGAAAAUGACGGCGCGAUAUCCGCUGGCUUCCAAAAAGCGUUGAAAGGUUUUCUUGAUACUGCUGAAGCUGAAGUGCGGGCUUUAAUCUCAUUGUACUCCGAAGUGGGAAGAAAUGCGGACUCACUUUCACAGUAUUUCGGAGAGGAUCCUGUUCGUUGCCCCUUCGAGCAAGUAACACAAAUUUUGGCGGUAUUUGCAAAAAUGUUCAAGAAAGCCCGCGAUGAAAAUGAACAGCAAGCAGAGGCGGAAAAGAAGCGAUUAGAGAAAGAAGCGCUUAAAGAACAAUCCUCAGUCAAUCACACUUCAAGGAAGGAGGGUGUCGAUGUCGAUUCCCAGAAAGACCUUAGAAACAUGAUCCGUGAUAAAAAUCUCUCUAUAAAAAAACGAGACGCUGGUAAUUAAAGUCGAGAUACGAUGCUUCAUUUUUACUUGCAAGGGAGCAAAGAGAGUAUUUUGGGAUACUCUUUUAUGUAUGUAUCUUCUUCCCACAUGUAUAGAGAUGUUUCAGUGACUGGUUGUAACAUAUGAACGUCCUCUGCGCUUUUUAGUACUUAAAAAGAUCAAUUACGCUUUAACAAA